AGCUAGUAAUGGAAAAGCAACCUUGGACAUGAUGUGGGCUGUGACGAUCAGCCUCAGCCUCAUUGCUCCUGGCAAAUCUGUGGAGACUCACAUCAUAAACAUUUCAUAGGGAUGACAUCCCUUAUCUGCCGGCCAAGAAGUCGUGAAACUGUCACGUCUGGCACGACAGCUUGUGCAUAAACACAUUUGGCUUGAUGCACCUGCAGAUACGUAUUUUUGCCACAUGACUUUUGAAGUAUUUGGAAAAAAAAUGUAAUAUCUAACUUGCAGCUGCGGAGAUUUAUUUCUGCUCUGUCCUUGAAACUUCUCUCAGUAGACUGAUAGACGGAAUUUUUUUUUCUCUGGACUUUCUUCAUCACUCCUCACUGUUUUCCUCAUUAGCAUGUCUUUAUUCCUUCAAAUGCACUUUCCACUCUCUUUGCCAGCAAGUAUUUUCCCCCUGUUACUAUUCAGCGCGCAGCACUCAUUGUGGACUCAUACAGGAACUAGUUGCAGACCUAGUGCUGACUUGAGCUGAACAAAGCAAAAACAGGUUUAACAAAUAAAAAUCAGCAUGGAAGGAAUGGGUUAAGGAUCUCUGUCCAUUAUGCUGAGGUGGGAGAAUUCAUCACCCAUAGCUACGUCAUAUUUUUGAGCAGACAGGAAGAUCUCUAGAUAACGCCGAGCACUCUAGUCUCUUGGAACUUCUUUGGAAGUUUAUUGCGGUGAGCUUGGCAGCCAACAUGCUCACUUUCUUCACGAGAAAAGGGCCCAUGCACACUCCUCCGGACCCCAAACUCUACUACCUCCUCCUAAACCUCUGUUUUUGUGUAACAGCUUGGCCACGUGGGGACAACUGCCCGAGCUCUGAGUGGAGCGUCAUGUGUCGUCCCUGCUGUGAGUACCAGCUGAUCCAGUGCCGGUGUCCCUCAAAAGGGUCGAGGGUGGGCUACACUGUUCCCUGCUGCCGCAAUGCUCUGGAUCAGUGUGACCCCUGUAUCAUUCACCCAGGCUGCAGUCUGUUUGAGAACUGUAAAACCUGCCACAAUGGAACAUGGAAAGCCAAUGACGACUUCUUCGUGAAUGGAAAGUAUUGUACCGAGUGUCGCCAAGGCUGGAGUGGCGGGGACUGUAAAACAUGCGGAGGCGUCAUUCAGCGGGCUCAGGGCCACAUAGCCCUGGAGAGCUACCCAACAAAUGCCCGGUGUGAAUGGACAGUGCAAGCGCAGGGGGGCAGCAACAUCGAGCUGAGGUUUUCGCUGCUCAGUCUGGAGUCCGACCACAACUGUCGUUACGACUAUGUCGAGGUGCGCGACGGCUACAGUCUGAGCUCCCCUGUGAUUGGCCGAUUCUGUGGGGAUCGGCUGCCUCCUCCAAUAACGAGCUCUGGGAAGUACUUGCACAUCCUGUUCACCUCGGAUGGCUACAACAACUUUGAUGGCUUUGUUCUUACUUUUCAGCAGAGUUCAGAAAAUAUCCCCACAGUUUCAGCCAUCAAGAAUCAAGCGUGUGCAACCGCAGAGAAACCGGUGAAUGGAUAUUUUCUACCUGUAUAUGGCCCAAAGGAGGAGCUUGUAUCUGUGAACUACCGGUGCCAUCCGCCUUUCACGCUUAUCGGCUCCCAGCAGAGGAUCUGUCAGCCUAAUGGCACGUGGAGUGGUACAGUUCCCACGUGUUUAAAAGGCCAAACAAGCAGAGUCCGGUGUUCCCCUCCACCCAAACUGCUCAAUGGCUACCACAGACCUGCUCCUGGUGCGGCGGGGGGUCCAGAGACUAUUGAGUUUUUCUGCAAAAAAUCCUACAUUCUGAGUGGAAACCACCAGAGUACCUGCUUCUCUAAUGGAUCCUGGAGUAGCAGGCCACCCAAGUGUGUGAGAGCAUGUCGAGAGCCCAAAGUGUCUGAACUUGUGCGUCAAAGUGUUGUGAUGCCACAUCUUAAAUCAAGGGAGGAUCCAGACCAAAGACUCUCAUCCAGGUACAACAUGCACGAUUUAUUGGCAGCUGGUUUUAUUCCUCUUAGAUUUGAUAAACAGUCAAAGAAGGACGACAGCGCCUUCGUGGAGCUUCCUCGUGGCUUUCACGCCGUCUACACGAGCAUAGAGUACAAGUGUGCCUCCCCGCUCUACCGCCACACAGGGAGCUCCAGACGCACCUGUUUGAAGACUGGCAGGUGGAGUGGACGCCAUGUUUCCUGCUCACCAGUUUGUGGCAAAUUCGACACUUUCAGUCCAGACAACCUCACAGACACUCAGUGGCCGUGGCACGCAGCCAUCUAUAUCCGCUCACCUCCUGACCAUACUGCCAGCACCCACAGGCCACCUGGAAUAGCCGUGUCUCUCCAGCAGGGGGCCUCAGAGGAGUCCACAUUCUGGUACCUGGCCUGCAGCGGGGCUUUGCUCGCCCAGCGAAGCAUCCUGGUUUCAGCUCAGUGUGUGGUAGACAAGGACAAGCUGCAGACCCUUCACCCGGCACAAGUGAAGGUUGUCAUAGGCACGCAGCACCAGACAUCCAAGGAUUGGCUGAAAAGCAUGAACCACCUCAGGGUUUCAGACAUUUUAGUCCAUCCAGACUCUGAUGUGGCUGUGCUCAAGCUGAAAGACAAGGCCAAGAUUAGCGAGCGUGUGCUGCCAGUGUGUCUACCCAAAGUGCAAGGAGGAGAGGUGACAGCGCAGGAGGCUUACACUGCGAGCUGGAUUUUGCCAAACGAUUACGGGCACCUGAGCCGCUACGCUCCCUCGAGCCAGACGAAACUUGUUCAGUUGGGUGACGUUGCGCAAUGUGAAAGAGAAUUUGCUCAAGGAGGAGCGCAUACCGCAUUGAUCAGUGACAAUACACUGUGUGUCAUUAGAAAACCGUCCAGCCUUCAAAGCCCUUGCCCCAGCGUCGUUCCAGGCAUCACAACCACGCCAGUUGUGUUUUCAUCCACAAGCGGCGUCUUGUCGGGUCACGAAGAGACUGAGGAGGCCUUCGGCGCAGGCUGGCAGCUUCUUGGUUUAGAGAGCUUCAGCUAUAAAGAAAAGCGGUGCAACCAACAGACUCACGCAGUUCAGACGCGAAUCAGCAACUUUCGAGACUGGAUAGAGAAAAACAUGAAGUAGAUUUUUAUUUCUCUGUAUCUCAUGUAAAGCUUCAUUUCAGCAACUUAAAUCUGAAAUGGACAUUUAUUUAUGUUUGUAGCUGGAAGUGGUGGAGAUGGAGCCCACAGUGAGAACGUUUGCUGUGAUUAUUUUCUAUCUGUGUUAGUAUCAUAUAAAGCGAGAGCUGUUCUCCUCUCCCCCCGUUCACUCCACUCUUAUCUCUUCUGUGUGCAUGUUAUUUUUCUGUAUCGGGGGCCACCUCCACUUCAAAAAAACUCACCCUGAGCCUGUUAAAAUACACUCCCACAUACUCAUGAUCUUUGAAUGUUACCUUGUGUUUGUGAAGUGUGUUUUUCAGAACAGAGGAUAAUGAUUGCGCUUUAAAAAGAAAAGAAGAAAUUUUCCAGAAGCCAUGUUGAGUGUUUGAUGUUCAAUGUUAGUGCGCUCUGCCCAGCUGGAAAAUUGAGCCGAUGGCAUUAUCACCUUAAGAAUG